AAUAACUGAUUGUACCAGUCCUAGUAUUUGCUGAUACGACUUGCCAGGAAAAAAAAAAAACAAGAGUAUACUUUUUUGCCAUUGGGUAGCACUAUUGCAGGAGGAUCAGAUACUUCAAAAACAUGUUAAGCAGAAGUCGCUCUUAACGCUCGAUUUCGUGCUCCUUGUUUUUUUUAAAGUUCAAAACAGCAAGGAAUUUCGGGAUACAAAAUGGCUUCGAAUUAGCACUUUUGAUGCCAGUUAGUGUCCUCAAUGAAGCAUAUUUCAUUUUAUUUAACAUUUCUCGUGUAUUUCCAGACAUACAAACGGAACGAUGUUUAAUUCAUGUUUGGCACGUGUCAACUUCGGAGCUGCAGUUUAUAAAACUUUCAUCUGGUCCAACUUAAAGUGCUGUCGGGGACCGAGACACCAUCACCAGGUCGUUACAGUCAAUGCUUCUGGGUUAUACUGCCAGAGAACCACGAACUCAAAGCGCAGUUUCAGCCAGGUGCACGGCAGUACAUGUCUGGGGCUGUAUACGUGCCACAGCCUGACUCAUAGGACUCUAUUGAAACUUCAGGGCAAGGACACGAGAGCAUUUCUGCAAGGUCUAAUCACGAACGACGUGGAGAGCUUGACGGGGGGAGAGGGCAGAAAGUCGCUCUACACCCAUAUGCUGAACAUUCAAGGGAGAACUUUAUUUGAUAUUAUUUUGUACAGUUUGGAGGGAAAGCAGGGAGAAGAGUCGAGCAGCCUGUUGCUGGAGUGUGACAGCACAGUAUCAGACUCUCUUCAGAAACAUUUAAAGGUCUAUAAGAUCCGUCGGAAGGUGAUCAUCGAGCCCUGCACGGACCUGUCUCUGUGGGCCGUCCUGCCUUCAGGGCAGUUGGGGGAGAGCGAAAUUCCUGCCCCGCAAGUGUCAGGCUCUGACCAGAUACUGGUGUGGGAGCCUGAUCCUCGAGCUGCAGCAAUGGGGUGGAGACUCAUUGUGAACAAGCAAGUCAACCCACUGGAGAUCCUGCCAGCAAGCCAACUCAGGGACUCUGAAGAGUAUCAUAAGCACAGGUAUACAAUAGGGAUGCCUGAAGGUGUAAAGGACCUUCCUCCCGGGGGAGCCCUGCCUCUAGAGUCCAACUUGGCCUACAUGAACGGCAUCAGCUUUGUCAAGGGCUGCUACAUUGGGCAGGAACUGACUGCCAGAACUCACCACACUGGUGUGAUCCGGAAGCGCCUUAUGCCUGUACGGCUGACAGAGCCUAUCGCAGCCCUAUCUGAGGGGGCUGCCAUCCUUAAUGGAGGCGGGAAGUCUGCAGGAAAACUACGUGCCAGCCUCGGAGUCCAGGGCCUGGCACUCAUCAGACUAGCCCAAGCCAACGAACCGCUUUUUGUUCAAACAUCAGACAACAGUCUUCUGCAGCUAAAGGCUUCAGUGCCAGACUGGUGGCCAAAAUAUGAUAAACAAUAAUGACAUUGUUACUCGCAUACAUUGUGUCUUUGGGAAAAGCUGUAAAACAAAAAAAAUUGGCAACAGGGAAAUUCAAGAGAAACGCCACAUACUGUACAGUACCAUAAAUGCAUAUCCAUCCCCUCUAUAGUAAGCAUGUUCAGAACUAUUUUUGAAAGCAAAACUGAUUACUGAUAGAAGCAAUAGGUGAAACGUUUGUUUAUGUGUGUUAUUUAUUCUGUUUUAUAUGUUACAGUUUUGAGUGCUUAUUAUUUAAUUAGGCAGUUGUCAGGGUCCAGUUAUUAAAUUCUUAGCUUGGCAAAGUGCCAACAACCUUAUAAAUGUGGUUCAGUAAUAUUGCAGAAAACAGAAAUAUUGAAAGUUGUGUUUCUCUACCACUGCAUCUAACUUGGGGUGCAAUGUAAGCUGGGAAAUGUAGUUACUGAUCACUGCUAUUAGUGCUGAUAAUGCCCAUCCCUAAAUGUGUUUUUUUUAGAAUUGCAGUUAGUGAGAAACACUAAGGGAAUGUAAUGCUAAAUUGUAUCUGCCAGUAGUGGCAUAUCCCACAAAACCAUGAUACUGUGCCCCAAGUAGGUUGUGUUUGCCAUAUUUUUUGUUAUAAAUAUUCAGUGAGCAACUUGAUUUGCAGUGAAAUGUUUGUUUUAAAAAUAGCUCAUCUUACCAUGUUACUCCUGUGGUAUACAGCACCUUUUUCAUAUGAUUAAUAUGUUAAUGCUUUACAGAUCACUAUACAAUUUAUCAACAUGCUUAUGUAAGUUUGUAUGUAUUGCAUUUACUUUAAUAUGUUUUGCUUUAGUUAAUUGGCUUGCUUUGGAAUUAAUGGUAAAAUGCUUUUGGCUAUGCUAAAUCUAAUCUAAACUUUGCCAAAAUAAUAUUGCAUGAAUUCUAUUUUAUUUAUGUUUACUUAUUUUUGGCUCUCUGAGCUUCAAAGUGGUUAUAGAUAACUAAGAAGCUGUGUUUUUUUUUUGUUGUUGUUUCUUGAAUCCCACUAAAGUUAAUACAGGCUCCCCUAUGUGAGAACAGUGGGUUAUAAUCUGUUCUCUAAGGUACAAACAAGGUACAGUGUGACAUGCAUGUGUACAUACACUCAAGGUUUAGGUACCAAAGUUACCAUAAGCCUAUUGUGCAAGAUAGUGAACAAAAAGCUGCAAAAUAAGUAUUUGGUGUAUCUGCACUAUGCAAUAAGCACACUGAAGCCUCAGUUAAUUAUUGUUCAGCAUUCAUACAUCAUUAACAUCCGUCAGAGAGGUACAGACAAAACCAUAGGCCGAUACCUUUCUGCUGGGGUUUCCAUUCGGUUAUAGGAUAUGACAUUCCUUGCCAAGUAUGCCUUCACUUGAGGUACAUCUGUUCUAAAAUUAGCUUUUUUGACGUCAUGGCAUACCUUGAAACAUAACUUUUUAUGAAAAUUACUGAUUUGUGUGCAUUCAGGCAUUAUUUGUCUACAUUAGACAACCUGCUCAACAAUAAAUUAAAGUCCUGACUCCUAACAAACAAGGUCAUUUUCUUAAUUUACUUUUUACAUUUCUUUAGCUGUGUAAUUUAGUUUUGUUUGAUUUUUUUAUUUA